AAUCUUUAUAUAAACACCACCACACUCCAUUUGUAGGAUUAGGGUUUUGCACUGCGGCUGCUUCUAGGGCUACAUCUUCUCGGAGUUCCCAAGUCUACCUGCGCAGAACCAAACCUUCAUCACCAUGGGGAAAACACGUGGAAUGGGAGCUGCCCGCAAGCUGAAGUCCCACCGUAGGAGACAAAGGUGGGCUGACAAAUCAUACAAAAAGUCUCAUCUUGGCAAUGAAUGGAAAAAGCCUUUUGCAGGUUCUUCCCAUGCCAAGGGAAUUGUUCUCGAGAAAAUAGGUAUUGAGGCUAAGCAGCCCAACUCUGCCAUUCGUAAAUGUGCUAGGGUUCAGCUCAUCAAGAAUGGGAAGAAGAUCGCUGCCUUUGUGCCAAACGAUGGUUGUUUAAAUUACAUCGAAGAAAAUGAUGAGGUUUUGAUUGCUGGAUUUGGACGAAAAGGUCACGCCGUGGGAGAUAUUCCUGGUGUCAGAUUCAAGGUCGUAAAAGUUUCUGGGGUGUCUCUCCUGGCUCUUUUCAAGGAGAAGAAGGAGAAGCCAAGGUCAUAAACCUGUGGAUCGUCUCCUUUUUUUUUUAUAUUAAGAAAUUAUGAAUUUUGCUACAUUAAGCUGAUUGAGUUUUAUGGACGGUUUUGUAUCUCUAAUAGCAAAUAUUCUCAACUUAAUUUAGUUCAUAUUUACUUCGACCUUUAAAA